CAGGUUACAAUGUCACGAUAAGACAUUUUAUCAAACACCGAUCGUGCCUCCAAAAUCCUUCCAAUAGCAGUAUACGUACCCAACAAACCCGUUUGGACAAACGGAUCUCACUCCUCGCUUAUACUAAAAGGAUAGCUUUAGGCCUAGCACUAUGAGAUAAAGCCCUCAAGAAUUAGUUGGAGAGAGGAGGGAGGAGAGGCGGUGAAGACGGAAAGGGUACUCGAUGCUGAAGAUAGAGGAAGAGGACAAGAGGAGUAGGAGAUAAAUGUGGAUGGUGACGGGGUUGAAGUGGACAGGUAAGGUGGAUAAGGUAUAACGGCUUAAUGCUGACAUGCUCUAUUUUGUGCCGACUGUGAAGGUUGAAGGUCGAGAGGUGUUUUGGGUUUGAGACAAAAAAUGGAGAGAAAGUGGCUCAAUUCGUUUGGGCCGCCAGCAGUUGUAUGUGGCAUCAGGGUUCCAAGUUCCAACUUUCAACUUUGGGCCCAUAGCUUUCAACUUUAACAUCCAAAAACUAGAAAUUCGUUUUUGACGCUGCCGGUGCUAUUUUCUGCAAAGUUAGGGAUUUGAGAUCAAAGCAAGGGUUUGGAGUAAAUGGGUGAAGCUUUGGUCGAGCUGGAACAAGUCCUCAGGUCCCAACAGGCGAAACUGACGCCUGAAGAGGCAAAUGUACUUUUAACAUGCAAAUCUAAGGCUGUUAGGGAAUUUACGACAGGUGUUAUUGUUGGUGGCAGCGUUGCAUGGACAGCAACAUGGCAGCUAAGUAAGUUUGCUCGAGUCUACCUUUCUGGAGGAGCUGCUGCUUUUCUUGGAUUAUGGAGAUUUAACAGGGCCCUAAAUUCAUGCCUUGAUGAUAUUCUUGAUCUGGAUGGAAGUAGGAUACAGAGAGAGUUAGCAAAUAUUUUCAUGAACAAACAUCAGGAUGAUCCCUGGACAAUGAAACGUAUGCAUAGAUGUUUCUAUUCAGAGAAAGUGUUUGAUGAUUCAAACUCUGAUAAGCCGAUAUUAAGGUGGCGUUAUCGGAAUUUCUUUGGGGAUCAUGUUGCUCAUGAUCAAAGGAUGAAUGACAGUGAUUUGCAGAGUGACUCACACGCUGUCUCCCAUGAUGAUUCUGACAGUAAAAAGGUUCAUGUGGAGUCAAAGCAAGUUCCUAUGAACCCUAGUGCUGAUGUGAUGGAAGACCCUUUAGAUAUUAUUUUUGGUUCCAUGGCACCAGUGGAGGAGAUCCAUCACCCAAGUGCUUCAAGCACACCAGCCAGAGCACUCACUCGUAGCCAUAGAAGAUCUCACCGUAGGCAUCGGAUUCAUCAUCAGAAGUCAAUAGACUUGAAACCAGCACGACAACAAGCAUGAACUUGAUGGAUAUCUGGGAAUAGAAACAAGAAAGGAGAAUUGCUGCAAAUCAAGAAGGCAGAAUCAUUAUCAAUUGUCAGCAUGGCUUGAUAAAUUCUGUAGCCAGUUUGUUGCUCUCUAUGAACACCUUUAGUGAGCUGGAGCCUAGAAUCCAUGUACGUUAUACAAUGCAAGUUGCCAUCAUAAUUUGUUGCAUUUGUUAUAUUGCGGGAAAAAAAAUGGCAGGUGGCUUAAAACAGCUUGGUGAUGGAAGGUGUUGUCUUGGUGUUGCUGAUAUUUAAUAAAGAAGCCUCAGAUUCAGUUUCUA